GUUUGAGGACCUGAAGAAAAAAUAUCCAGAUGAGAAAGAUGUAGAGUUCAAGGCAAGUCAAGGAUGGUUCAUGAGAUUUAAGGAGCAAAGAAGUUAUCACUCCAUUAAGAAGCAAGGUGAAAGUGCCUCAGCUGAUGAACAAGCAGCAGUGGAAUUUCCUAAUACAUUAAAAAAAAAAAUCAUUGAAGAAAAUGGGUUUCUUCCUGAACAGAUUUUCAAUGUAGACAAAAUUGGAUUGUAUUGGAAAAAAUUUCCAAGGAGGAGAAAACUAUUCCAGGCUACUAGGUCUCAAAAGAAUGUGUGACCAUUAUGUUGGGAGGUAAUUGUACAAGAGAUUUUAAGUUAAAGCCAUAGACUGUGUAUCAUGUAUACAACCCCCGUGCCCUGAAGAACAUACCCAAGGCAUCUCUCCCUGUUAUAUGGAUGGCUAAUUCAAAAGCAUGGGUUACUGUUGUUAUUUUUGAAGGUUAGAUCUUCUAUCAUUUUAACCCAGCAGCAGAGAAGUACUGUAAGAAGAAGGGGAUUCCUUUUAAGGUUUUACUUAUCUUAGAUAAUGCUCCUGGCCAUCUGCAAAACAUCGUAGAUUUUGACAGCAAUGUUACUGUUGUAUACUUCUCUCCAAAACCCCAUGGCUCUUCUGCAGCCACUGGAUCAGGGAAUAAUUGCUAUCUUCAAGUAUUAUUAUAUGAAGCAUACACUGCGGCAAGCAAUAGCUGCAACUGAUCUUGAUGAGUCCAUCACACUUCAUGACUUUUGGAAGAGAUACAAUACCUACAAGGCUGUACAGAACAUAGCAGCGGCAUGGCUAUGAAUGGUGUAUGGAAGAAGCGAUGCCUGCAAUUUGUGAAUGAUUUUAAGGGAUUUGAUGAUGUUGCCAUCAACAAAACGUUGGUGACUAAAAGCAAAGAACUGGAAAAGGAUUUGGAGGAGGGGUAUUUCACAGAUUUAUUUGAAAAAGAUAAACAGCUCCUGAUGAAUGAGGAUUUGAUAGAGCUUCACGAGCAGCAAAAUAAAGAAAAAGAGGAAGUCAAACAUGAGCCAUGUCACUUUACUAUUAAGAAAAUGCAGCAAGCAUUUGCAUAUAUCAAAAAAAAUCUUUCUAUGUUCGAGGAUAUGGAUUCAAAUGCUCAACGCUUUUCCAAGAUUAUGGGGGCUUGUCACAAAGUUUUUGCUCCUUAUAAUGUAAUCCUUGAGAAAGAGAAAAUGACAGUUUCAAGAACUCUCAACCAGUUUUUUAAGCGCAUUGAACAAGAACAGCCAGAAUCAGCUGUUGAUGUUGAUGAUCCACAGCCAUCUACAUCCACGAUGUAAACCACCAAAUUUUAUCCACAUAAAGAAGACACCUGGUUUCCUGGCUUUAGUUGGUCAAUUGUAAUCUGUCCAACCUGUGGGGUACAUAUGGGAUGGU